AUGUGGCCUGGAAUUUUUCAUUCUUAUGUUGAUGAGCCUGGUCCAGAUGCUGAUGAUAUUCGUUAUACUUUGUUCCCGCGGGAUCCAUCUUCUGAUAUUUUGGCAGGCAAGAAGGCGAGUAUUGUCCAUUUUCCUCUUCCGCACAUUGAACAGUCGAUUAAUGAGGGUGUUGGAUCUGAUAUGCUUAUGGAGGCUUUACGCGAUGCUCUUCAAUAUGUUAAGGUUCGUAAUGCAACUCAUGAAGCUGCUAGUGCUAGUAAACAUCUUGGAAUUUCUUCUCAAAAUGAACAUUUUCUUAAAACUUUGCCAACACCUUCUGAUGUUAAAGAUACUCCUAUUGUUAGUGCGCAAUCAACUAGUUCUUUGAAAACUCCAAAAUCAAUUCCGAAGAAGAAACCUGCACAGAAAAUGGCACCUCGAGCUAAAGAAUUGAAGGAAGAGAUUAUUUCAAAGCAUGACGAAGAAUUAUCAAAUUCGCGUAAUAUUGACGAUACUACAACAACUACAAUGACUCCUCCAAUAGCUGUUACUCCAAAGAAUAAAACUUUCAUUACUGACAAACGUUUUCGACUUUCUUCAACUUCUUCUGCUGAAGUUAUUUCUCCAUAUCAACCUCCACCAGAAAAGAAGGCAAAAUCAAUUAAUAAUGACGAACACGAGUCAUCGUUAACUGAAGAGGAGAAGCAGCAACAAUUGGAAUUAUUCCCUAAAAAGGAGACACUAGCAAAUCGUGAGAGUAUUGGAGGUACUUCAUCAUCAUCAACUAUUACUACUUACAAACAGAUUACAAAAAAGCCACACAAUGGUCAUCACAUGAAUAGUCGAAGUCCUGUUAAGAAUAAUAAUGAUUUGCCGCCAACAUUUCCAAACGAGUCUGAACCUAUGGAUUUUGAACCGCAACAAAGUAAAUCUAUAUCACCACAGAAGCAUUUAAUUGGAACGAAUUUUGCUGGAAAGCCUUCAUUAUUUGAUUUGGCUUCUUCUGAGGAUGCACAUGAACAUAUGCGUCAAAUUUGGGUAGAAUGUGAUGAGACUUGGUUCAAGGAAAUGUUGAGUUCUGAAUUUUUGCAGUUGGACUUUAGAAGUGGUGGAUUACUUACUUUUAAAGAAACUGAGAAAUUAAUUACUGAAGUUGAAAAGUGGAUUAAAAUGGGAAAUAUUACUCCAAUGAGUCACUUCCGCGAACAAUUUUAUAUUGCUAAAUAUGUUUUGCCGGAAUUGUGUACUUAUGCUCUUUCGAAGAUGCAAGAUAUUUCUAUGAUGGACGCGAGACGUAUUUAUGAGGAGCGACGUGAAAAGGCCAAGCACCAGACAGGUUUAAAUUCGACUUCCCCAAAUUCUUUGGAUACUUUGAUUAUGGCUGCUAGUAUGAAAAUGGCUGAAGAGAAAAAUGGUGGAUUAAAUGAAGGGAAGUAA